CGGCGCUGAGUUUCCAUGAGCCGGUGUCUUACGGAUGCGUCGGUCCGUGCUGCUCUGCGUCUGUUGAUUUCUACUCAACUGUUUACAAAACCACUGCAGCAGCAGAGCAGCUGGGGUUUGACGCACACUCCUUCAUCCAGGACGACGUUGUUUUUGUUUUCCUUGGCUUCGUUCUCCUGGAUAACUAGCGGCUUUUUCUAUUCCACAUUUCCACCGCAUUUUCGGUGCCUGCAACGUGGACUUUAAGCUCUACACAAGAAAGUCGUGUCGGAUUAAAAUUUCUCACCACAAGUAAAAGAGGAGAAGACUGUGGAGGACACCCUGGAAGGAAUGUUGCUGUCCGCGCUCAGUGCCCUGGCCCAGGCCCACCUCACCACCGUCGACAUGCCGGCGAAGAUCCAGCUCCACCCAGUAAAGGAGAGGGAGCCCUUCGAGAAGCUGUACCAGGUUGGACCGGUGCUGGGCAGCGGCGGCUUCGGCACCGUCUACUCCGGUACGAGGGUAGCCGACGGAACUCCGGUCGCUGUCAAAGUUGUAGACAAGGACGGAGUGUCCGAGUGGGGAGAGCUGCCCAAUGGCUCCCGGGUGCCCAUGGAGAUCGUGCUGCUGAAGAAGGUCGGCACCGGCUCCCGCGGCGUCAUCAAGAUGCUGGACUGGUUCGAGCGGCCGCGCAGCUUCGUCAUCGUGAUGGAGCGGCCCGAGAACGUCAAGGACCUGUUCGACUUCAUCACGGAGAAGGGCGCCCUGCCCGAGGAGCUGGCCCGCAGCUUCUUCCGCCAGGUGCUGGAGGCCGUGCGCCACUGCCACAACUGCGGCGUCGUGCACCGGGACAUCAAGGACGAGAACAUCCUCAUCGACCUCCGCACCGGCGAGAUGAAGCUCAUCGACUUCGGCUCCGGGGCCCUGCUGAAGGACACCAUCUAUACCGGCUUCGAUGGUACCAGAGUGUACAGUCCACCAGAGUGGAUCAAAUUCCACCGCUAUCAUGGGCGCUCUGCCACAGUGUGGUCCCUGGGAGUCCUGCUGUAUGAUAUGGUGUGUGGGGACGUCCCAUUCGAACACGAUGAAGAGAUCACCAGAGGGCAGGUCCUCUUCCGGAGGACAAUCUCCACAGAGUGCGAGCAGCUGAUCAAGUGGUGUCUGUCUCUUCGGCCGGCGGACCGUCCAGCCCUAGAGGACAUCUUCAACCACUCGUGGAUGCAGGGCACAUCCUCGUCUGUAGUUCCAUCCACAGUGCAGACAGAGAAAACAAGCCCAGUUCACCCUGGGCUGAACUGGACUGCACUCACACAAGAGACCAUUACAAAGAUACUUGUGUAAUAGACUUGAAGCUGAGCGCACAGACCGGCUGUCCCAGCCCAGACGAGGGCAAGGUGUAAAGGACGACACCCAGAGCGCGCCGAGGUCACGACAGAACCAUCACCCACUUGGUUUGAACCUGACCGGCCAGAAGCUCUCCGCCCAUGUCAGUGUCAGAACAUCAUCCUGGCUGAACUCUGACCCAGGCAGCGGGUGUUCAUCCGCCUGUAGGAGGACAUGGCUCUGUAUGCACAACACAUGCACCGAGCAAGUACAGUGCAUUCGCUCUCCAUCCUGCUGAUUGGCAGGUGGACAGUCUGAGUCAUGUAGCUUCUCGCCACUCUGUACUCUGCUCUCUCCCUUCUCCGGCCACAGUCAGAGUGGGAAGAGCAGAGGCAUUAGCGAAGAGGAGUGUGAUUCUAAAAAAAACAAGUGCCUUCUGUGAGAUUGUAGGGGGGACCCUGAAAAUACUUGAAUAUGUGAAUGCAAAAAGGUUCUACUUCUCUACAACCUUUGAGCUCCUAACUCUGUACAAGGCUUUCUUUCUUUUCUUGCAGUUUUUUCCUCUCGUGGGCCUAGAACAGUAAAGCCUACGCCAUUCAUAACCACUACUAUCACCACUUUUACUACUCCAAUGUUUGCAACUAGAGAACCUCAUAGCUCUGGGAGCAACCUGUGCAAACAAGUCGUUAAAAAAAAAAAAAGAAACACUGGACUUACCUCACGCUCUUUACUACAGCACCCAACUCUACUCUACAACCUCUACUUCCUCUCCUUCACGUGUCGUACUGUAUACACACACAAGGUUUAGGCUACUGCUCCAUUCACAUCCACCCAAAUGCACAACACAAUGCAAACUUUAAACCACACAGAAACACAUCAGCCUCCGCUCGUCACUGCUCUUCUCUACACAGUGCCUCACAUAGGUCUUAAAAUUUGGUGGGGACAAGAAAUGUAAAUAAUAAUAACAAUAUUUAUUAUUAUUGCUGUGACUUCUCUCUCACACCCGACGAGCUUUUGGUCACAGAAUUUAUUUAUUUAUUUAUGAGAGAAUUCUGACUGUACGUAUAUAUAUUUCAUUCCACAGUCACUGAAGGGCACACAGAUUAUUUAAAAAAAGACAAACACAAACGAGAUGAAUUUUUUUUUACCAUAUUUAUGGCUUGAAAUUUUAAAAGAGCAGGUGUGUGUGUUUGUGUAGGUAAUGUAAAUAACGUGUUAUUAGUCCUGAAAGCACUUCCAUCUUAAUGUAUGUAAACAAUGAACAUCUACUGAUGGUAACUGGUUUUGUUACGCUGUUGUCUGCUGCGGGAGCGAGUGAACUAUGAAUGUUUGUGUGUAUGAAUGUGUGAAUCAGAGAUGUGAGAAUGAGAAAACUGGUUGCAUGAUUGCAGCUUGGAUUGUUGUGUUUUUUUCUUUUUCAUCCAUUCAAAUUAGAAUUGUAAAUUAUGUUAGAAACUAUUUUUAUACGAUUUCAAUAAAUAUUUUUUUAAAUAUGA